CGCGUAACAUAAUUUCGACUGCUUAGUUUUUGCAUAGAUGUUCAGCUAGACUACAUAUAAAGACUCCACUGAGAUUAUUGUUUAUUUUUUUUUUCAGAGCGCCGCCGUAUCUAUUCCCUUUGACAACAACAAAAAUAAAAAAAACUAAAUUAUAGUCUUCAUCCGCGACUCAUGCUGAGGUUGGAGUGGGUGCAUCAGUAAUAUGAAACCGACAACCGUGUAGGAACUACAUUGUCAAUGAAGUAAUGUCUAGGGAAGUCAAUAUCGAUGAGCGUAGUUUAGGAAUAUAGACAAAAUGUUUAUCCUAAGGUCGUGCAGGAAGGUCAUGCGUUGCUCCAAGCAAGGGUUGUUGAACCCCAUCAUGAAAGCGACUUCCAUCCCUUUUAUGGGUUGUCGUGGAGAUUCUUCAAAUGAUUCCAAAAGAGAUCUCCUUGAAAUCCAGAUCCCACCUUGGGAGGAACGACGAGAUGAGCCAGUUGAGAGGAAGCGAGCUCGACUUCUUUAUGAAAGCAGAAAGAGAGGCAUGUUGGAAAACUGCAUUUUGCUCAGUCUGUUUGCCAAGAAGUACCUGAGCACAAUGACAGAAAAACAGCUGAUUAUGUAUGACAGGCUAAUCAAUCAACCAAGUAAUGACUGGGACAUUUACUACUGGGCAACAGGAACACAUCCAACUCCUCCAGACUUUGAUAAUGAGAUCAUGGACUUGCUGAAGGAGUACACCAAGAAUAAGAACAUGGAACAGAGGCUUUGGCAGCCUGACUUGGAGUACCUCUUUGAAAAGGCAUCCUAAUUGAUUUAGUGUGUGUGUGGGGAGGGGGGAGACAUCCACAAAGAUAUGCACUUUAUAACCUCUGCAUUAUUUCAUCACACAUUUAGAACUGGAUGGUCUUCUGUACGUAUUUGCUAGGUGGGGUGGGGGGCAGGUGAUUCUUUGUCAGCUGUAAAAUAAACUGCUUCCUACAACUGUUUUUACUGAAUGGGGUGGGGGCAGGUGAUUCUUUGUCAGCUGUAAAAUAAACUGCUUCCUACAACUAUUUUCACUGAAGUAUUAUUUGUAGCUGUAAUUUUAAACACAGCAUGUUAAGAAAUGUAUUUAUUUAGUUUGUUUGCCCCACUGGUAGGGUGAUUGACAGUGCUGAAUUAUACCAUGCUGUGUAUGAGAGUCUGGAUGUAUGUCUGCUCCCUGUAGUGGUGUAGCAUCCCAUCUGGGAUGAGUUCUUUCUGUGUUCCUGUUGCUUGCUUGAAUAGGCAGAUGCAUUCUAAUAGCCCAAAAUUAGAUGAAAACUGGUAUAAUAUCUGGGUAGAUUAAAUGUGAUAUGUAAACAGUUAACAUGAUUCAUGGAAGAUUUUAGUGUGAUAAUUGUGCAGCUACAUAUGGAGUAGUGUAUGAGCCUAGAGUUAACGUACGAUAGUCAAGGACUAGCAGCAUGGAGCUCGGUGUUGUAGGUGCAGACUGAAUUAUAAUUGAGAAAAAAGACAUCCACAGAUAGUUUGCAUUUGUAAAAUGUGUGACGUAUUAAAUUAAAGAAUGCACUUGGCCUCUGGUUAUAUUGUGAUACUCAAACAUUCAUAUAAUUUUCAGCAGUCAGUCACAAAAUAAAAUCAUUAGUUGUCAAUAA